AAGACCCAUCAUGAGGGUUCUCGGUGCCAUGUUGCUUGGAUGUGCGCUUCUCCUUCCAGCUACCAGUUCAGCUGACAGCAGUGAGAAGCGUGCAGACAUGAGCAUGUUGGAGGACAGCCUUCUCCAGAUACUGGAAGGUGAAGACUAUCUUGACCUUGGGGUAGCUGAUGAAGAGACUCCUGCUGUUGCAGAAGAAAAUGCUGUCGACCUCCGCGGUGAAGCUGGCGAAGGACUAAUAAAAAAGACAGGUUGCGAAGGCCAUCAGCAAGGAGACCAGUGGGGUUCAUCUGAUCAUGACAACUGCAUCUGUGGAGGAGCAGACCGCUUCUGUUAUCCUGUCGUCUGUCUUCCCGGUUCUCAGAUGAAAGCUGACUCCAAUGGUCUCUGGAAUUGUGAAGUUGACUCCUCCAAAACAGACAUAACAGGAUCCGCUCUCAACGUGACUGAAAGAGAAAAGCGGUUUGCGGUAGAGUUUGGCGUUUUCACAGGGGUUGUUGGCUUAGUCGGAUUCCUGUUGGACCGCGUGGAGUCUGCACAAACAACCCAACAGCUCAAUGAAAUACAAGGUCAGCUCAAUGAAAUACAAGGUCAGAUCCGGGAGCUGGACAGGAAGAUAGAUGACUUGACACGAAGCGUCAGUGACCUGCAGCUGGGACAGCAGUACCUUCAACAAGUCAUCCUGUACGGCAGAGAAGAACGACGACUGAAGAACGUGCUGGACACUCUUUCUAGGAUGCGAAUCAGGAAUGGACAGUAUGCGGGCAGCGACAUACAGGGUUGGGCAGACAGCGUCCUCAGUCAUGGUUCGGAUGGAAUCAGAAAUGUACUGCUCAAUAUGUUGAACAUGGUAAAACCACAAUCAUCAGUUUUUGGGGGCAAGUCUCUGUUCGACAUAUAUCAUCAACAACUGAACAAAGGAGGCCUGGAACAGUAUAGCAUAAAGAUGCGACAGAAGGCUGCGCAGGUCUACGGACUGAUUGGAGGUGGAUACUGUGCAUGGAUUGCAGCUCUGCGAAUCAAGGGGCGUCAAGGUGAAAUUACAGCUAAGGUUCGAGAGGGGGAAAGAGAGCUCAGCAGUGUGAAAGAAAGCCUGCAAAAAUAUCUUGUUUAUGUUAACAAAUGGCGUGCCGAUGCCCACUGUGGAGGCAGUUACACUAUAGCAGACGGGAGUACGGCUGAGUGUAACCCUGACGGAAUGUACCCGUGCUGCUCUCCUUACAACUGGUGCGGGAACACUGCAGCUCAUUGUGACUGUGCGGACUGUGUGGACUACCGACCAGUGGUUCCUGCGAAAAUGUGGCGUGAUGACUUGCGUUGCGGCUGGGGUUUCCCUGCAGAAAACGGUAAAGAUGCUGAAUGUAAUCCUGAUGGUAUCAUACCAUGCUGCUCCCCGGGAAACUGGUGCGGCAACACGGCAGACCACUGUGACUGCCCGGGCUGUGUGGACUACAGGAACAUGAGAGUGGCUUCUGAGAAAAUGUGGCGUGAUGACUGGCGUUGCGGUCGGGGUUUCCCUGCAGAAAACGGUAAAGAUGCUGAAUGUGACCCUGAUGGUAUCAUACCAUGCUGCUCCCCGGGAAACUGGUGCGGCUACACGGUAGACCACUGUGACUGCCCGGGCUGUGUGGACUACAGGAACAUGAGGGGUGCAGGUCUGUAG